AUGGCAGUGCCUCCAGGAGGAGCGCCUCAGCUGGACACGGCAAAGAUGCAAGCCGUGCAGGACCUGGAGAUCGAGAUGAUGUCGGACAUGUACUCACGGAUGACCAACGCUUGCCACAAAAAGUGCAUUCCCCCCAAAUACCGAGAAGCUGACCUGGCCAAGGGUGAGGGCGUCUGCAUAGACAGGUGCGUGGCCAAGUACCUGGACAUCCACGAGCGUGUCGGCAAAAAGUUGACCCAGCUGUCCAUGCAGGACGAGGACUUUGUAAAGAAAAUGCAAUCCGAGCAGCCAAAGUAGUUAACCAAGCGGAAAUAGUGGUGUUUAAAAACAAAAUGUAAUUGUUCAAAUUAGCCAUCAGAAUGUAAAUUUAGUGGGAACAAAUUAAAUUGGUUGUCACGGGCUCUGCGUUGUCACUGUUUGCUGAGGAACGUGAUUUUAUUUUUCUUUCUGAUGUUUUGAAUGAAUUGAAUCACCAAAAAUUAUCCUUCUGGAAUUGUCUUCAUUUGCGUUGCAUAAUAAUUAGAAGCAUUUUUUAAUUAAUUGAA